CUCUUGGUAGUUCAAUAGAAAGAAUGGAGAAGACAACUGCUGAAGCUUCCAGUACCCGAAUUGGUUCAGUAUCAGUGUCAAUUUGGGAAGCAUUUCGGUUGCAUUUGAUCUGUGGGUUAGGAUUAGCAGUAGCAUUCUGGGUUGUCCACAACGUCUAUUCUCUUGAUCUCAUCUCUAACCCUGAUCACACCCUAUUUCUCAUCUGGGUUAUCGAGACACCAAUAGUAAUCGGAGUUUACAGUAUGUCACGAUGGGAUCCCGAACAAUGCUCAUUCUUGAAGGCGGUUGGACAUGGCUUACUGGGAAUUCCAGCUGGGGCAUUUUUAAAUGCAUUUGGAGCUAUUGUUUUGGGGGCACCUAUUGGAAUUUUGUAUAUAAAGAGAACCGUUAACUGGUCCCUGCUCAUGUCCUUGUUCACUUUUGCACCUGCAGCUUCUGUUUUUGGUUCAUCAUGGAACAAUUGGCAGCGUCUGUUUGCAUAUGCCAAGCCAGCUGGCAUUGUUGAUUACAUGAUUUGUCUACCAGCUCAUGGGACCGUUAUUGGAGCUUGGCUUGGGGCUUGGCCUAUACCUCUUGAUUGGGAAAGGCCAUGGCAGGAAUGGCCAAUUUCUGUCAGCUAUGGAGCAAUUGCUGGGUAUAUUAUCGGAAUGGUUGCAUCUUUGGGCUUCAUACUUGUGUUUGACAGGAGACAGAAACAUGUCAAAGGAGACUAAUGGAACACUAGCAACUCAUACCCUCUUCAUUCUCUUCAACCAAUAACUGCAAGGCUAUGAGCACCAUUGGCUUGAUACACUAUGAUCCUUGGUGAAAAUGCAUGACCUCAUUGAUCAGGGUUCAAAAUUUUCUCCGUAUGAGAAAACUAUGAUGUUUGAUGCAGCAUGAUUUGAAGUUUGAGGAAUGUGAUUGACACAUUGUAAUCAGAAAUCUUGAUCGGAGAAAAAUCUGAUAUUGAAUGUUAA